GACGUAUUUCACAGGCUCUUUAGCUUCAGGUGCUCCCGCAGUUUUAAGCAACGAGGUUGGAGGACUGAUUUAAGUAGUUUUAAAAUGUUCAAAAAGAAAUCAAGCACCGGGGAAAAGAAAAGGAAGCACUCUCAGUCUGAAGAGCGGCACGACAGCGGUAAACGCAGGAGUGCGGGGUCCAGUCUGGAGGACUACAAGGAUGAACUCGCUGAUCCUGAGCUUGACAAGAUUGGUAGUGACAUUGAGGAAGGAGGACUGGACCUCAGCCUGACCUUCCAGCCCAUCACGGCCUACGUUGGUGACAAGCGGGAGAUGCUGGAGCAGUGCUUCCACGUGCUUGGGGAGAAGAAGCUACGGAAGAUGCUUCCUGAUGAGCUCAAGGAAUGCAGUUUAGAGGAAAUCAAAACGCUGUGUUGGGAGCAGCUGGAGUCCAUCUCAGAGAAAAAUCUUAUUCAGAUCUUAGCAGGGGAUGAGGUGACAACUGGAAAUGGCAAUGAAAACUCUGAGGAGUCUCUGGAAAGCCAGCAAGACAGUAACGUAGACUCUACAUCAUGCCUGAAGGAAACAGCAAAAAGUGAAGACCCAAAGCAAGAGGGUGGCGGCUCUGGUGAGGAGAGCGACGUCCUCAGCAUAAAUGCAGACACUUAUGACAGCGACAUAGAGGGGCCCAAAGAGGAGCAGACUGUUAAAGCUGCAGAUGUGGCGGUGAAAGAGGGAGACGGUGGUGAGCAGUGCUCUGACCCGGCUGCAGACCCUGAGCCGGCAAAUCCGGAGCCGAAGAAAGACAUUCAGAGCGACAUAGACAAAAGCGUGAGUGAGAUCUUGGCUUUCUCCUCCGCUUCCAGCAAAGACUCAGCUAAAGAACAGACCGCACCGCUGCAGUCUGCAGAUGGCGCCGGACCGGUUUCGAGCGGUUCCCCGGCAGUUUGUAAGCCAUCGAUUCAGCAACUGGAGCUACUCGAGUUGGAAAUGAGAGCAAGGGCCAUAAAAGCUCUAAUGAAAGCAAGUAAUGGGAAAAAGGCUUCUGUAUUAACAAACUCGUAGUGUGUUUUUAUUUCACGUUUUUGUUAAAUGGUUUAUGCUCUUAAAACAGCUCCGUUUACCAACGAACUCUCGUCUGUGGUUAAAUAACAGAGUUUCACGUCUUGUGAGCAUUAUUGCCAUCUUGUUUGAAGAGUGUACAGCUCAAACUGUAAUGUGUUUUUGCUCCACAUUGGAAUGAUUUUACAUUGUGUUUAAUUUUUGCAUUAAACAAUCUGCAGGCAUGCAUGGGAUGGAAA